CAUGUCUUUCAACCCGCUGGACUCGAUCCAGAUCCAAGCCGUCGACCCUCAGCUCAAGGGAAUGCACGAAGGCAUGCGUCUCGCCAUUGACUGCAUCAACUACGAACCCAAGCAUGAGCGAGCCAUGACAGCCGCAUGUGGCAACACCAUGAUCUGUAAUACAGAAAAGCUUGCCAAAGAG